AUGGCGAAUUCAUCUGAGUCCCAGACUCACCGGUACAAUACACGCUACAGACAACGCCAACAGGAGCAGCUUGCUGGAACAGCACAGGAGAAUUUGCAGAAUUUGAGGCUCACACAGCAAGAAGAAGAAGAAAAUUCCAUUCAGUUGUCUGAAGAGCAGGCAAAUGUAUUGAGCAUCAUCUCGGAGGGGCGUUCUGUGUUUUUCACAGGAGCCGCUGGAACAGGCAAAACUUUCCUGCUUCGCCGCGCCAUAACAAAUCUCAAACGUUUGCACGGAAAUGAAUUUGUAUUUGUCACGGCUUCCACCGGAAUGGCGGCCGCCGCUCUCAACGGAACUACUCUGCACUCGUUUGCCGGGAUCGGAUGUGCUUCAGAAAGCGCCGAGGGUUUACUCUCUACUCUGUAUAAAAUGCGGGAUGCAAAAUUGCGGUGGCAAACAGCAAAAGCUCUGGUAAUUGAUGAGAUAAAUAUGAUACACGGAGAGCUUUUUGAGAAAUUGAACUACAUAGCCAAGAAAUUGAGGAAGCAGCCGGACCUGGAGUUUGGCGGUUUACAGCUGGUGGUUUCAGGUGAUUUCUUCCAACUUUGUCCCGUAGAUGUACCGAAUUUCCACAAAUUUUUCGCCUUUCAGGCGGAUUGUUGGGAUACAUGCUUCGAGAUCCAGACCGAGCUAACAGAGAUUUAUAGGCAGUCGGAUUUAGAAUUCAAGCUAAUGCUGAAUGAAAUCCGAAGAGGCAUUUGCAGUGAUCAAAGCGUUGAGAUGCUCAGAGCGCGGCAGGGACUGCGAAAUGAAGAGGGAUUAACCUACACGAAAUUGUAUUUUUUAAAGGUUGAUGCAGAGAGGGAAAAUAAACAUCGGCUGAAGGAAAUGGAGGCGCUCGGUACAGAAAUGUUUACAUUUCAUGCUCAGGAUGAGGAUAAUGGUUCUGAGCCUGUUAAAUCUCAGAUCAACAAGCUUAUUGCAGUGAAGAAGCUUAAGCUCUGCGUUGAGGCCGAAGUCAUGCUUAUUUAUAAUCUAGACACAAAAAGAGGGCUGGUGAAUGGAACAAAGGGCAGAGUUUUAGGGUUUCAGCAUACAAAUGAAAACCCUGAUAUUAGCCCUGGAAAUGUCUGGCCUGUUGUUCAAUUUGAAGGCGUUAAUUCGCCUGUACACACUGUGACGCCUCGCUCCUGGGAUGUAUUUGAUGAAAACGGAAAUGUUAUAGCAGGGGCUAAAAGAAUCCAGGUGCCGCUGAUUUCAGCGUGGGCUUUGAGCGCGUACAAGUGCCAGGGUUUGACACUGGAGAGAGUGGAAACGGAUCUUUCCACUUUUUGUUCCUAUGGUCUGGUAUAUUUGGUGCUUUCAAGAUUGAAGACUUUGGAGGGGCUUCGGCUCACAGGAUUCCACCCUUCCGCUGUUAAGGUACACCCUGCGGUUUUUGAAUUCUAUGAAAAGCUCGGCAGGAAUGGUAUCGAAUGA